AUGUCGUGGGCGACGCCCGUCCGCAGCCACGUCGUGGUGACGAUGAUGGCGAGGAGCAUCACGGUGCGCGGCAUGCGCACGGGCGGCGACGCGCAGGCGCGCAUCCAGGGCAACAUGCUGCUCGCCUUCAACACGCUGAUGCCGUGCCUCGACGCUGCGUACGCCUCGCGCUCUGCGGCGGCGCCCGACGGCUUCGAGGAGCGCAUCAACUUUUGGCACCGCGAGUGCGGCCUGCCGACCGAGCUGCGGAGGCAGCUGCACUCGCUGCGCAUCUGGGCGAACGCGGCGAGGCACCACGACGCGGCGAGGUGGAGGAGGGACGGGCCGCGCAGCGAGGGGGAGGCGUCGCGGCUCGUGGCCGCGGAGCCGGAAGCCUCCUGCCAAAGCUCUUGGGAGCGCCCAAACCGCGACCUGCGCGUGGCACAAGAAGGAUCCCAGAUGGCAACCGCCGACGAUGGCUGGAACGAGGAGGAGCUGUCGAGAAUGACGAUCCGCGGACGCGGCUGCUUGCCCGAGGCCGACGGCCGCUCCUUCAUGGCGCUGCUCGACAUUUGUCACUUCUUGGUCGAUCAGAUCACGCAGGCGCACAAUUUUUCCGACGUCGACGAGGCGAGUAAUCUGCGCGCCACCGACACGCAAAAGUGCAUGCUCCUCUCCGCCCAGAUGUGGACAUAUUGGUACUCCGCACCGGCGGGCCCGGGCGUCUACGAGAUGCUUCUCGAUUGGACGUCGCACCAGCAGCGCGGCGGCAGGGCGCGCUCCUCCGUCCUCGCCCAACGGGAGCUCGGCAACGCAAAGUGCCGUGACAUGCAGGGCGUCGCGCUGCAAGCGCUGGUGGUCAAUGAGUGCGCGCAGUGGCCCAGACGCCGCAAAACGGGCGCCUUCUACUUUGCAGGCGAGGAUGCGAGCGGUGCGGCGCUGCUGGCGGAUGCGGAGGCCGUGGAGACGCUCUACCGAGUGGUCGGCCUCUCCACGUCCCUCGGAGACGUGCUGCGCGCGAAUGAUCGCAGCGGGAGCGGCGACGUUGUGGGCUCCGCACUGCUGCUCACGCUGCUGCCAUUUAUGGAUGUCAUCGUGUACGACGGCACUCUCCGAGGCGCGCCGCCCAACCGCGACCCCAGCUUGGUGGCGCAGCUCAAGGCGCUCGUCGCUGCCAGCGCCGCCGAAGGUGGGGGCAGCAUCGUCGUGCGCCUGCCCACUGUGCCCGACGCGCCGCUCAUCGGGCAGCGGGUGCUGAUCGAGGGCCUGCAGGCCAAGCCUGAGCUCAACGGCCGCCACGGCGUCGCGAGCAGCUUCGACGGUAGCAGCGGGCGCUACUGCGUGUCGCUCGAGGACGGCGGCUCCUUCAAGCUCAAGCCCGCGAAUCUGAGCAAGGCUGCUGCGCCGCCCGCGCGUGCCUCCUCCUCCACCGCGGAGCCGGCGGCCGCGCUCACACUCACGGCGACGGAGAAGGCUCUGCAGGAGCGGCUGCGCGGCCUACGGACGGUAGAGGACUUUUGGGUGUUUCGACGCAUGGGCUACACCGAAGCGGUGAGCGCUCUCCUCCUCUGCAUGCCCGUCCUUUCUGCCCCCGGCUCCCUCUCAGCCCGUGCGCCAGCUGUCUUGCGCCCUAACGUUGCGUGCCUGCAAAAGGAGAACCCGUCGCACAUGGGCAUGAUCAUGAGCGGGAACAGCGGUAUGGUCGUCGCGCCGUUCCAGUCGAAGCAGCUCGCGCCCACUGCCGCCGAAUACCUCACGGCGCUCGAGGCGGCGUUGUUUGGUGGCCGCGCGCAGGGCGUCAAGCCGUCGUCACUCGCCGUCGACGAGAAGGGGGCUGUGGCGCGGCUGAAGCUCGUGCUCGGCCCAGUGGGCAUUCAAGCGGGGUACUACCCGCCGCCAACGGAGGAGGAGCUCUCGGCGAUGGGUGUGCCGCCGUGA